UUCACCUCACCGCGUUGACAGAUGUCAAUCUGUCGGCGGCUGUCAAGCGCAGUUCAGUGCUGGCGGAACCACUUCCUUUCCUUUUCUAGUUUUGUUGUGCUACGAAUCAAACAUGCCUAAAGCACGCAAGGAGAAAGUUAGCGCAGUCCAGGUUUUCGGACGCAAGAAAACUGCCACCGCCGUUGCGUACUGCAAGCGCGGAAAGGGAUUGCUGCGUGUGAAUGGCCGCCCGCUGGACCAGAUCGAACCGAAAAUCCUUCGCUACAAGCUGCAGGAACCGCUUCUGCUGCUCGGCAAGGAAAAGUUCGCCGGUGUUGAUAUCCGCAUCCGCGUGAACGGUGGUGGACAUGUCGCCCAGAUCUACGCAAUCCGCCAGGCCAUCUCGAAGGCACUGGUUUCGUUCUACCAGAAGUACGUCGAUGAGGCGUCGCGCAAGGAACUGAAGGACAUCCUGACGCAGUACGACCGUACCCUGCUCGUUGCGGAUCCGCGUCGCUGCGAACCGAAGAAGUUCGGUGGUCCAGGUGCCCGUGCCCGCUACCAGAAGUCGUACCGUUAAGAAUUUACACACACACACACAUUCGCGCGCGCUGUGCCUGUGUUUGGCUGGUCGAAUUUUACCGUGCACCGGCGAUCAAAUCGGGGAUGGCAGCUGUGCCGACAUCUCUUCAUUUCCGAGUUCGUGGUCAGUUCGAUGGGCUGAAUGCGGUGCGUGGCGAGUUAUUCUCUCCAUAAGAUUACGCGUAUAUUGCUUCGAGCAAAGAGAAGGGGGCAACAAAACCUUGUGAGGAAGGAAUAAACGGUGAACAUCUGUACAAUCUUAUGGAAA